AUGAAACUGAUCCUUUUGUGCCUGGCUGUGGUGCUCUGCACCUUUGGCAAAGGGGCUGCAGCUGUUAGAUUUGAGGGUGGCUUUGGCUUUGGUGCCAAUGCAAACGUGGGGUCUGCAGUAGGGAUGAGGCCGAAAACCAAGAGUGCUGAUGGAGACAAACAAGACAAUGUACCUGCUGGAGAUAAAGCCAAGUUGGAAAGUAAGAGUAAUGUUGGUGCUGGUGCCACCUUAGAUGUAAACUCCCAAGUGGAAUUGGAAUCAGCCAUCAAAACAAUGACUUCAGCUCUUGCUAAAAGAAAAUACCUUCUGGACAAGUUAACAGGCAGCAUUCUACCAGCUUCACAAGCAAAAAAUCUCAUUCAGACUGUUUUUGAAAAAAUUCUUGGAGGAGCAAUGGCCAAUGCUGGUGGCUCAGCUGAAACCCCUGAGGCAGACGCAUCCAACAUGUCAAAGGGCUCCGAAGCAAUAGUUAACAAUCACAGGGACAAUGCUGGUACCUCAGUUGGCAUGCACAAUGGAAGUGGGAUGAAGACGUUAACGGAACGGUUAUCAGAGGGUGUCUCAGGUAGUCAGCACUCCUCAGUUGGAGCCACCACAGGUUCAGAAGGGCAUCUGAAUCCUAAGGAUGAAAAAGCCCCUGAGGUUAAUGGAAAUGAGGUGGAUGGACAGAAUAGUAGUGACUCUUCAGGGACUGGAAGCAUGAAUGUUGGAAAUAAGAAUGACUCAGAAAACCAGAGUUUAACUUCUGUGUCUACAAGUACCAAUGCUGCUUCUCUUGGACCACAUGACUCUGCUGGCUCUGAUGUUAGUGACCGAUGUACCACAAGCUCAUCUGAGUACACUACAUCUGGACCACCCAGUACUCCAGAAAAAGGAUCCCAUAUUCCAGAAGCAACUCCCACAUACUCAGAAGCCAAUGAAGAUGCUGGUGAAACGGCCACGUGGGGCAACGGCGCAUACAAGGCUUUCAAUGGGCGCAUCUUUUCCUUUGAGUCUUCCUGCACGUACACGUUUUGCCGUGACUGUGCUGAAUCCGGAGGAGACUUCAAUAUUGAGAUCAAAAGGCACAUGAACAAUGAGAUUGAAGAAAUAAAAGCAGUGAUUGAUGAUGUUGGCAUCUCCAUCUUGAAUAAUACUAUUUUUGUUAAUGACGAGAGGGUACAGGUGCCAUACAGCAAUAAGAUGAUUCACAUUAAAAAACAAGGCGACCACUAUGCUCUGGAAAGCCGUAGAAAAACCCUGUCUGUCAGGUGGAGCAAGAACAAACUCUCACUCACUCUUUAUAGCCAGUAUACAACCUGUGGUCUUUGUGGCAACUUCAACAGCACUCCAGGUCAAGAUAUUAAUGAGCACAUUGCCAAUAGUAAAAUUUCCAAUGACUGUCCCAGUGCUUUGAGUAAGAACGAUGAAGUUUGCGAGGAUGGAGUACAGUAUUGUGACAAAAUUAUUGGAACUUACUUUGAGAAAUGUGGGAAGGUUUCCCCUUCAUCCAGUGAGUACAAAAAGGUGUGCGUUGAUGAGUAUUGUCGAACUGGAGGAGGCAAGGGCACUACAUGUAACACCUUUUCAGAACUAGCCCGACUGUGUGCCUACGAUGGUCCUGGUGUCUUUGAACACUGGCGAGAUGAUUCUGCUGUAGUUUGUGAAAAGCAACAAUGUCCAGGAAAGCACAUUUACAAAGAAUGUGGACCUUCAAAUCCUCCAACUUGCUCUAAUGUGGCUCCUUUUCAAGACAGUGAAUGUGUGAGUGGCUGCACUUGCCCAGAAGGUUAUCUGUUGGACGAUAUUGGUGAGAAAGGAAAGUGUGUAUUAAAGGAAAAAUGCCCCUGUGAAUCUAAUGGAAAAGUGUACAAAUCAGGAGAAGUCCGAGAAGGCCCCUGUGGUUCUCAAUGCACAUGCCAAGAAGCAAAGUGGUCUUGUACCGAAGCUUUAUGUACUGGGAUAUGUAAAGUGGAAGGGAGCUUAUUUACCACUUUUGAUAACAAUGUAUUUAGCCACCCUGGAGACUGUCAUUUCUUGGCCAUUCAUAAUGAAAAUAUUUCUAUUAGUGUUGAACUUCAUCCAUGUGACAAUGGUCAGACUGGAUCAUGCUUAAAGAGUGUUACGCUUCUUCAAAACUCAUCUCUUUCAGGUAGCAGAUUUGUGUUCAAUAGUGAUGGGACAGUCACAAAGGAUGGUGUUAGAAUUAAAGGUUAUUACUAUUCAGAUGAUGUACAGAUCUUCAAUGCAUCUUCUUUAUACAUGCAAGCAGAAGUACUCUCUCUCCUAAAAAUGCAAAUACAAAUCUCUCCUGUGAUGCAGUUGUAUGUGUCCAUGCCUCCUGAUGCAUUCACAGACACUGUUGGUCUUUGUGGUUCCUACAACAAUAAGGCAGAAGAUGAUUUCAUGUCAAGUCAGAAAAUUCUGGAGAGUACAGCUCAGGCAUUUGCGAAUUCCUGGGAGAUGAUGUCUUGCCCUAAGGGGAGCCCCUCGUCCUGCGUCAGCAUCGAAACAGAGGAGUUUGCUGAAAGUAACUGUGGAAUUCUUCUCAAUUCAACUGGGCCUUUUGCUGCCUGCCAUCAAACUGUGAACCCCAAAUUCUACUAUGAGGAAUGCAAAAAAUACACGUGCUCUUGUGAAAACAGCCAAGACUGCCUGUGCACAGUUUUAGGGAACUAUGUGAAGGCAUGUGCUGAGAAGGAAACGUAUCUAGCAGGCUGGAGAGCUGGACUAUGUGAGGUUUCUUGUCCAAGUGGCCUUGUGUUUGACUACAAAGUGAAAACUUGCAACAGUUCUUGCCGAUCGCUCUCACAACGAGACAGAAGCUGUGAUAUAGAAGACAUUCCAGUUGAUGGAUGCACUUGCCCUGAGGGGAUGUACCAGAACAGUGAAGGAAACUGUGUUCAGAAAUCUGAGUGUGACUGCUAUGUUAAUGAUGAGAUUGUACAGCCUGGCAAAUCCAUCCUUAUUGAUGACAACAGAUGUGUCUGCCAGGAUGGAGUGCUUCUUUGCCAAACUCCCCUUGAUUUGACCAUACAAAACUGUUCCAGGGGUGCUGAGUAUGUAGACUGCAAAGAUCCCAAGGCACAGAGAAGGACUGAAAGGACAUGUAGCACCCGGAACAUACCUGAUUUUGAGGGAGACUUGCCUUGCAAACGUGGGUGCUACUGUCCAGUAGGAAUGGUUCGUAACUCUAAAGGGAUAUGUAUACAUCCUGAUGAUUGUCCCUGCUCUUUUGGUGACAGAGAAUAUGAACAAGGAAGUGUUACUUCUGUUGGCUGCAAUGAGUGUACUUGCAUAAAAGGGUCUUGGAACUGUACCCAAAAUGAAUGUCAAACAACUUGCCACAUCUAUGGGGAAGGACAUGUCAGAACCUUCGAUGGAGAAAGUUACAGCUUUGAUGGGCUCUGCCAGUACACAUUCCUUGAGGAUUACUGUGGCCAAGAAAACGGCACAUUCCGUAUUUUAACUGAGAGUGUCCCAUGCUGUGAAAAUGGGCUCACCUGCUCCAGAAAAGUCGUCGUGGCUUUCCAGGAUCAAAACAUCGUCUUACAAGAUGGUAAAGUAACAGCAGUUCAAACUACUGAAAAUACGGAUUGUGAGCGCAAUGGGACCCUGUACUCCAUCCACACUGUUGGCCUCUACCUGAUUGUGAAACUUGCGAAUGGAAUCAUCUUGAUUUGGGAUAAAUAUACAAAAGUAUCUGUUAUUUUGGACCCAGAGUGGCAGAGCAAAGUGUGCGGUCUUUGUGGAAAUAACAAUGGUGAUCUUAAGGAUGACUUCACAACAAGACACUCUUUGGUAGCUGCCACAGCCCUGGAAUUUGGAAACAGUUGGAAAACAAGUCAAGAGUGUUCAGAUACAGUCACUCAAAGCUUCCCAUGUGACUCAAACCCAUACUGCAAAGCCUGGGCUGAGAAGAAGUGUGAGAUCAUCAGGGAUGACACCUUCAGGGACUGCCACAGCAAGGUGGACCCUACGGCAUACUACAAUGCAUGUAUCGAAGAAGCCUGUGCAUGUGACAUGGAGGGGAAGUACCUUGGCUUCUGUACCGCUGUGGCAAUGUAUGCAGAGGCAUGCAAUGCAGCCGGAGUCUGUGUCUCAUGGAGAAAGCCAAACCUUUGCCCUGUGUACUGUGACUACUACAAUGCCCCUGGGGAAUGCAGCUGGCACUAUGAACCUUGUGGCACAGUGACGGCCAAAACAUGCAAAGAUCAGGUCAUUGGCCAGAAGUUUUCUUCACUUUUAGAAGGCUGUUAUGCCAAGUGUCCAGAAAACGCACCCUAUCUGGACGAGAACACGAUGAAAUGUGUCCAGUUAUCUGAGUGCAGCUGCUUCUACAACGAUGUCAUACCAGCAGGGGGAGCUGUUGUAGAUGACUGCGGAAGAACAUGCUAUUGUAUGGCUGGCGAGUUGGAGUGCAGUGAGACCCCGCCCACAAAUUCAACACCAACAGUUUCUAUGACCACAGCUACGUCCGCAUUAAGCACCUCAACAGCAGCAACAUCGGUGGCCAGCAGCUCAAGUGCAGGCUCUACUGGAACCUCAACUCCUGCUCUCUCCACGGCUGGAAGUACAGGCACUACAGCAGCCCCAAGCUCAAGCGUCACCAGUUCUGUGCUCACAACAGGGGGAACGGCCAGUACUUCUGUACCCACAUCUAGCAGUGAGAAAAGCAGCACAACCAGGGGACCAAGUACGAGAGUCACAAGCCCAGGAAACACUGGGACCACAGGAGUGUCUUCAGGCUUUACCAGUACUAGCCCCAGAACCUCCACCAUACCAUCCACAGCCUCUGCUGGUAGCAAAUCAGGUGGAGUCCUUUCUACACCCACACCCACAUCUACUGACGAAGAAACCGGAACUUCCAGGGCACACAUCAGCAGUGCAACAAGCCAAGGAAACUCGGGUACAACUGGAGAGUCUGUGGGAGUUACUUCAGGAGCAGACAGGGAGGCCACAACUGGAGCCCCAAGCACAGGAGUCACCACUGGAAACCCAGCAGGCACAACUGGAGGAACACACGCAACCACCACUGGAGCUCCUAGUGAAAACACAUCAGGAACAGCAGGUAUAUCCCAGACAUCAUCUGGAGGGACCCCUACAGUGGCAGUGGGCAGCACAGCACCCACAUCUAGCAUUGAGGGAAGCAGUACCCCUAACAGAUACAGCACCGGAGUAACAAGCCCGGGACACACAGGAACAAGUGUAGGGGAUGAAGUUGUCACUACUGGAACUGCUGGAAACAGUGCCUCAGGAGGAACAGAAACCACAGCACCAUCAGUUGUGGAGACAUCUGGAGCCCCAAGCAAUGAACAGACCCAGCCUGCAGACAAAUCAAGCACGUCCAAGGAAUCAUCUGGAACAACCACUGGUAUGGCAGGUAGCAGCACCCCUUCAGCUGCAAGUACAGCAACCCCAGGUUCUGAGAAAACAGCAGUGUCUUCAGGCCACACUAGCCUACCUGGAGUCUCCUCAAGCCUGGCCUCAAGCUCUGCCAACAGCAAAUCAGGAACGACUGGACCAUCAGCUGGAACCACUAGAUCCCCAAGCAGUGAGCUGACCUCAACUGAAGGCAACACAGGCACACCUGGGACAACUUCUGGAACCACAUCUGGAGGGGCAGGGAGCAGCACCGCUCUACCUGCAAGUACUGGAGCCCCAAGUGCAGGCACACCAGGGGCAUCACCUGGAACCACCUUGGGAGGGGCAAGUAGCAGCACCCCUCUACCAGCAAGCACUGGAGCCCCAGGUUCAGGGAGCACAGUGACAUCCUCAGGACAUACAACCAUCACUCAAGCCUCCAGUCUAUCCCCAGCCUCCGCCAGCAGCAAACCAGGAACAACUGGAUCAUCAACAGGAACCACUAGGUCCUCAAGCAGUGAGAUGACGUCAGCUGAAGUCAGUGCAGGAACUGUAGUCCCUACUGAAGCCACAUCAAGGGACAAUGGAGCCAGCACACCCAGGGAACCCAGCAGCAGUGCUACAAGCCAAGAAAACCCAGGCACAACAGGACAGUCUGUGGGAGUUACAACAGGAGCCAACAAGGAGGCCACACCUGGAGUCCCAGGCACAGGAGCCACCACUGGAAGCCCCACAGAAUUCAAGAAAAAGUGUCCAAAGAUCACACACAUCGUUAUCAUUCUUAUGCCCUUAGGAACGAGUGGAGGUUCACAUGCAGCCAGCACUGGAACUCCUAAUGAAAACACAUCUUCAGUAACAGGCGCACCCAGUGUAUCAUCUGGAACCAAAUCAGGAGGGACAGGGAGUAGCACCACUCUACCUGCAAGUACUGGAGCCCCAGCAUCAGGGAGCACAGUGACAUCCUCAGGCCAUACAACCAUCACUCAAGCCUCCAGUCUAUCCCCAGCCUCUGGCAGCAGCAAACCAGGAACUACUACACCAUCAGCUAGGGAAACAUCUGGAGCCCCAAGCAGUGAAUCGGCUCAGCCUUCAGACAAGUCAAGCACACCUGGGACAACUUCUGCAUCCACCUCUGGAGGAGCAGGGGGCAGCACCGCUCUACCUGCAAGUACUGGAGCCCCAGCAUCAGCAGUGACUGCAUCAUCAGCAGGAACAACUGGAUCCCCCAGCAGUGAGCAGACCCCAUCUGAAGUCAGUGCAGGCACACCUGGAGCAACUUCUGCAUCCACCUCUGGAGGAGCAGGGAGCAGCACCGCUCUACCUGCAAGUACUAGAGCCCCAGCAUCAGAGAGCACAGUGACAUCCUCAGAACACACUACUGUCCCUCAGGCCUCCAGUCAAUCCACAGCUUCUGCCAGCAGCCAAGCAGUAACCACUGGAUCAUCAGCGGGAACAACUAGAUCCCCAAGCAGUGAGCAGAACCAAUCUGAAGUCAGUACAGGGCCUACUGCACCAUCAGCUGGGGAAACAUCUGGAGCCCCAAGCAGUGAAUCAACCCAGCCUUCAGACAAGUCAAGCACACCUGGGACAACUUCUGCAUCCACCUCUGGAGGAACAGGGAGCAGCACUGCUCUACCUGCAAGUACUGGAGCCCCAGCAUCAGAGAGCACAGUGACAUCCUCAGAACACACUACUGUCCCUCAGGCCUCCAGUCAAUCUACAGUUUCUGUCAGCAGCAAAGCAGCAACGACUGCAUCAUCAGCAGGAACAACUGGAUCCCCCAGCAGUGAGCAGACCCGAUCUGAAGUCAGUGCAGGUACAACAGGACAGUCUGUGGGAGUUACCACAAGAGCAGACAGGAAGGCCACACAGGUCACCCAAGGCACAGAAGUCACCACUGGGAGUCCAGCAGGCACACCUGGGGCAGCUUCUGCAUCCACCUCUGGAGGAGCAGGGGGCAGCACCGCUCUACCUGCAAGUACUGGAGCCCCAGCAUCAGUAACCACUGGAUCAUCAGCGGGAACCACUAGAACCCCAAGCAGUGAGCAGACCCCAUCUGAAGUCAGUACAGGGCCUACUGCACCAUCAGCUGGGGAAACAUCUGGAGCCCCAAGCAGUGAAUCACCCCAGCCUUCAGACAAGUCAAGCACACCUGGGGUAACUUCUGCAUCCACCUCUGGAGGAGCAGGGGGCAGCACCGCUCUACCUGCAAGUACUGGAGCCCCAGCAUCAGAGAGCACAGCCACAUCCUCAGGAUACACUACUCUCCCUCAGGACUCCAGUCAAUCCACAGCUACUGCCAGCAGCCAAAUAGCAACGACUGCAUCAUCAGCAGGAACAACUGGAUCCCCCAGCAGUGAGCAGACCCCAUCUGAAGUCAGUGCAGGAACUACUACACCAUCAGCUGUGGAAACAUCUAGAGCCCCAAGCAGUGAAUCGCCCCAGUCUUCAGACAAGUCCAACACAACUGGGGCAACUUCUGCAUUCACCUCUGGAGUACCAGGGAGCAGCACAGCUCUACCUGCAAGUACUGGAGCCCCAGGUUCAGGCACACCGGGUACAUCAUCUGGAACCACCUCAGAGGGGGCAGGAAGCAGCGCAAGUACUGGAGCCCCAGGUUCAGGGAGUACAGUGACAUCCCCAGGACACACAACCAUCACUCAAGCCUCCAGUCUAUCCCCAGCCUCUGCCAGCAGUAAACCAGCAACGAUUGCAUCAUCAGCAGGAACAACUGGAUCCCCCAGCAGUGAGCAGACCCGAUCUGAAGUCAGUGCAGGCACACCUGGGGCAACAACUUCUGCAUCCACCUCUGGAGGAGCAGGGAGCAGCACCGCUCUACCUGCAAGUACUGGAGCCCCAGCAUCAGAGAGCACAGUGACAUCCUCAGGACACACUACUGUCCCUCGGGCCUCCAGUCAAUCCACAGCUACUGCCAACAGCCAAGCAGUGACUGUAUCAUCAGCAGGAACAACUGGAUCCCCCAGCAGUGAGCAGACCCCAUCUGAAGUCAGUGCAGUAACCACUGGAUCAUCAGCAGGAACAGCUAGAUCCCCAAGCAGUGGGCAGACCUCAUCUGAAGUCAAUACAGGGCCUACUGCACCAUCAGCUGGGAAAACAUCUGGAGCCCCAAUCAGUGAAUCGACCCAGCCUUCAGAUAAGUCAAGCACACCUGGGACAACUUCUGCAUCCACCUCUGGAGGAACAGGGAGCAGCACUGCUCUACCUGCAAGUACUGGAGCCCCAGCAUCAGAGAGCACAGUCACAUCCUCAGGAGACACUACUGUCCCUCAGGCCUCCAGUCAAUCCCCGGCUUCUGCCAGCAGCCAAGCAGCAGUGACUGUAUCAUCAGCAGGAACAACUGGAUCCCCCAGGAGUGAGCAGACCCCAUCUGAAGUCAGUGCAGGACAAUCUGUGGGAGUUACCACAAGACCAGACAGGGAGGCCACACCUGUCACCCAAGGCACAGAAGUCACCACUGGAAGUCCAGCAGGCACACCUGGGGCAACUUCUGCAUCCACCUCUGGAGGAGCAGGGAGCAGCACUGCUCUACCUGCAAGUACUGGAGUCCCAGCAUCAGAGAGCACAGUGACAUCCUCAGAACACACUACUGUCCCACAGACCUCCAGUCAAUCUACAGCCUCUGCCAGCAGCCAAGCAGUAACCACUGGAUCAUCAGCGGGAACAACUAGAUCCCCAAGCAGUGAGCAGACCCCAUCUGAAGUCAGUACAGGGCCUACUGUACCAUCAGCUGGGGAAACAUCUGGAGCCCCAAGCAGCGAAUCGACCCAGCCUUCAGACAAGUCAAGCACAACAGGACAGUCUGUGGAAGUUACCACAAGAGCAGACAGGGAGGCCACACCUGUAACCCAAGGCAAAGAAAUAACCUCUGGAAGCUCAGCAGAAUCAACAGUAACCCCUGAGACGACUUCUACAUCCACCUCUAGUGUAGCCGUGAGCAGCUCCUCUCUACCUGCAAGUACUGGAGCCCCGGGUUCAGGCACACCUGGCGCAUCAUCUGGAUCCACCUCAGGAAGGGCAGAAAGCACCACCCCUCUACCUGCAAAUACUGGAGCCCCAGGUUCAGGGAGCACAGUGACAUCCUCAGGCCACACAACCAUCCUUCAAUCCUCCAGUCUAUCUCCUGCCUCUGCUAGCAGAGAGCCAAGCACACCUGGAGCAACUUCUGCAUCCACCUCUGGAGGAGCAGGGGGCAGCACUGCUCUACCUGCAAGUACUGGAGCCCCAGCAUCAGGCACACAAGGGGUAACUUCUGGAACCACUUUGGGAGGGACUGGGAGCAGCACCCCUCUACCUACAAGUACUGGAGCCCCAAGUUCAGAGAGCACAGUGUCAUCUUCAGGCCACACAACCACCCUUCAGUCCUCCAGUCUAUCUCCAGUCUCUGCCAGCAGCAAACCAGUAACCACUGGAUCAUCAUCAGGAACAACUAGAUCCUCAAGCAGUGAGCAGACCCCAUCUGAAGUCAGUGCAGGAACUACUACGCCAUCAGCUGGGGAAACAUCUGGAGCCCCAAGCAGUGAAUCGCCCCAGGCUUCAGACAAGUCAAGCACAACAGGACAGUCUGUGGGAGUUACCACAAGAGCAGACAGGGAGGCCACACCUGUAACCCAAGGCACAGAAGUUACCACUGGAAGUCCAGCAGGCACACCUGGGACAACUUCUGCAUCCACCUCUGGAGGAGCAGGGGGCAGCACCGCUCUACCUGCAAGUACUGGAGCCCCAGCAUCAGAGAGCACAGUGACAUCCACAGGACACACUACUGUCCCUCAGGCCUCCAGUGAAUCUACAGCCUCUGCCAGCAGCAAACCAGUCACAACAGGACAGUCUGUGGGAGUUACCAAAGGAGCAGAGGGGGAGACCACGCCUGAGGGUCCUGACACAGGAGUCACCACUGGAAACCUACCAGGGACAAGUAGAGGAACACAGGCAGCCAGCACUGGAGCUACUGGUGAAAACACAUCUGGAAUUGCAGGCACAUCCAAGGGAUCAUCUGGAACAACCACUGGUGUGGCAGGUGGCAGUACCCCUGCAGCUGCAAGUACAGCAACCCCAGGUUCUGGGAGCACAGUUGUGUCUUCAGGACACACUACCACCCUUGGAGUCUCCUCCAACCUGCCCUCAACCUCUGCCAACAACAAAUCAGGAACGACUGGACCAUCUGCUGGAACAACUAGAUCCCCAAGCAGUGAGCUGACCUCAACCGAAGGCAACACAGGAGUUACCACUAGACAAAUAUCCACUGAUGGAAAAGGCAGCACACCCAGGGAACAAGGAACUGGAGCCACAAGCCCAGGAACCUCAGGUUCAGCAGAGGGAUCUGUGGAAACCACCACAGUAGCAGGCAAAGGAAGCUCACCUGGAACCCCAGGCACUGGAUCCUCCAGCACUGUGACACCAUCAGGAACAAGAGGAGGAUCAGAUGCGGGCACCACUGUAGCUCCUGGAAAGAGCACAUCUGGAGGAACAGGCACACCCAAAGCAUCGUCUGGAACAACCUCUGAAGCAGCUGUCAGCAGUACCCCUGCGACAGGAGGCACUGGAGCCACGGUUUCUGCAUCUGCAAGGACCACCACUGCUGGUUCAGUGGCCCCAGCCAAACCAUCCACCUCUGCCAGCACAGAACCAGGCUCACCGGGGGCAUCAUCUGGCUCAAGCCCUGGAACAGCAGGUGUCAGCACUCAUGGAGAAGCAAGCUCUGGAGCCACAGGUUCAGAAAUCACGAAAAUUUCUGAAGACUCCACCACUGUGAGUCCUGAAACAUCAACUAGACCAGUGAUGACCUCUGCUAGGAGCAGUCCAGGGACCACUGCACCACCAGCUGGUGAAACAUCUAGAGCCUCAACCCAGCCUGCGGAAGAACCAGUUGACAUAAGAGUUACCACUAGACAAAUAUCCACUGACGGAAAAGGCAGCACAUCCAGGGAACAAGGAACUGGAGCCACAAGCCCAGGAACCUCAGGCUCAACAGAGGGAUCUGUGGAAACCACCACAGUAGCAGGCAAAGGAAGCUCACCUGGAACCCCAGGCACUGGAUCCUCCAGCACUGUGACACCAUCAGCAGCAAGAGGAGGAACAGAUGUGGGCACCACUGUAGCUCCUGGAAAGAGCACAUCUGGAGGAACAGGCACAGCCAAAGCAUCCUCUGGAACAACUUCUGAAGCAGCUGUCAGCAGCACUCCUGGAACAGGAGGCACUGGAACCCAGGAUUCUGCAUCUGCCAGGACCACCACUGCUGGUUCAGUGGCCCCAGUUAAACCAUCCACCUCUGCCAGCACAGAAACAGGCUCACCGGGGGCAUCAUCUGGCUCAAGCCCUGGAACAGCAGGUGUCAGCACUCCUGGAGAAGCAAGCUCUGGAGCCACGGGUUCAGAAACCACAAAUAUUUCUGGAGGCUCCACCACUGUCAGUCCUGAAACAUCAACUAGACCAGUGAUGACCUCUGCUAGAAGCAGUCCAGGGACCCCUGCAUCAUCAGCUAGUGAAACAUCUAUAGCCUCCACCCAGCCUGCAGAAGAACCAGGAGUUACCACGAGACAAAUAUCCACUGAUGGAAAAGGCAGCACACCCAGAGAACAAGGAACUGGAGCCACAAGCCCAGGAACCUCAGGUUCAACAGAGGGAUCUGUGGAAACCACCACAGCAGCAGGCAAAGGAAGCUCACCUGGAACCCCAGGCACUGGAUCCUCCAGCACUGUGACACCAUCAGAAACCACAAACAUUUCUGAAGACUCCACCACUGUGAAUCCUGAAAUAUCAACUAGACCAGCGAUGACCUCUGCUAGGAGCAGUCCAGGGACCACUGCACCAUCAGCUGGUGAAGCAACCGGAGCCUCAGCCCAGCCUGGAGAAGAAUCAGUUUCUACAGGUGUAACCAUAACAACAGACAAAGAUAAAGGAAAUACCAAUGGCCUACCAUUCAGAGACGUAGGUAAAGGAGGGCCCACUAUGUUAAUGCCUACAAGAGGAGCAGCCAGCACACCCAGGGAACAAGGCACUGCAGCUACCACCCUAGGAACCUCAGGUUCAACAGGGGGAUCUGUGGGAACCUCCACAGUAGCAGGCAAAGGAAGCUCCACUGGAACACCAGGCACUGCGGCCUCCAACUCUGUUACACCAUCAGCAGGGACCACUGGAAUCUCAGGCAAAUCAAGUGUAGCAACAGGAAGAACCGCCACCCUGCCAGGUGGAGCUACCAAGGGACAAGACAACACAGGCGGAGCUUCCGUAACUGAGGCCACCAGCUCCGAACACCCAACAGGAGCUACCAGCUUGACAGUAAGUUCUGGACAAACAUUAGGAGAGACACAAAUGACCACAGUGCUAUCUACCAUAGUUUCAGAUCCAACUAGAAUGUCCUCUAGCCCUCCAAUGACAACUGGACCUUCAUCACCUCAAGGAGAACAAACAAGUAGAGAAACUGUUACUGGAACAAGAACAACUAGUGUGUCAAUGACAAAUACAGAGAGAUCUGCACAAUCAGCAACAACUGGAUCAUCAUCUCAAGCACCAGAAAUGACUAAAUUAUCAGUAACUGGCACAGAGUCGACUGGCCCAUCAACUGGAGGAACAUUGACAAAGGCAAUAUCAGUUGGAGAAACAAUAAUAAUAACAUCACCACCUAAAGAGGCAGUGACAUCUGGAAAAACAGCUGGGCCUACAACAGCAACUAGUCCAUCAGUCUCCGUGUUAGGAAACACAGUGACAAAUGAUAAAUUGGCUGUGACAUCUGGCCAGAAAACUAGUGUGACUGCAACUUCCAAGCAAUCACCUGAAGUGAGUAAGACAUCCACACAAUCAGCUGGGAGCACAGUGCUAUCUACUGUAGUUUCAAAUCCAACCAGAAUAUCCUCUCACCCUACAACAACUGGAACAUCAUCAGCAGAAGGACAACAAACAAGUACAGAAACUGCUACUGGAACGGGAACAACUGGUGUGUCAACUACAAUUACAGAGAGAUCUACACAAUCUCUAGCACAAUCACCGACAUCUGGAUCAUCAUCUCAAGCACCAGAAACCACUAAGGUAUCAGUCACUGGCACAGAGUUGACUGCCCCAUCAACUGGAGGCACCAUGUCAACGGCAAGAUCAGUUGAAGAAACAACAACUACAUCACCAUCUAGAGAGGCAGAGACAUCUGGACAAACAGCUGGGCCCACAGCAGCAACUAGUCCAUCAGUUUCAGUGUCAGACAGCACUGUGUCAAAUAAUAAAUUGUCUGUGACAUCUAGACAGACAACCAGUGUGACUGUAACUUCUAAGCAAUCACCUGAAGUGAGUAAGAUAUCCACACAAUCAGCUGGGAGCACAGAGCUAUCUACUGUAGUUUCAAAUCCAACUAGAAUAGCCUCUCACUCUACAACAACAACUGGACCUUCAUCAGCAGAAGGACAACAAACAAGUACAGAAACUGUUACUGGAACAAAAACAACUGGUGUGUUUACUGUAGUUACAGAGAGACCUGCACAAUCUCUUCCACAGUCAGCAACAAAUGGACCAUCAUCUCAAGCACCAGAAACAACUAAGGUAUCAACAACAGCCACAGAGUCAACUGGCCUAUCAACUGGAGGCACGACAACAAAGGCAAUAUCAGUUGGAGAAACAACAAUAACCACAUCAUCACCUAGAGAGGCAGUGACAUCUGGACAAACAGCUGGACCCACAGCAGCAAAUAGCCCAUCAGUUUCAGUGUCAAGCAGUACGGUGACUAACGGUCCUGUGACUGUGACAUCUGGCCAGACAACCAGUGUGACUGUAACUUCUAAGGAAUCACCUGAAGUGAGUAAGACAUCCACACAAUCAGCUGGGAGCACAGUGUUAUCUACUGUAGUUUCAAAUCCAACUAGAAUAGCCUCUCACCCUACAACAACAACUGGACCUUCAUCAGCAGGACAACAAACAAGUACAGAAACUGUUACUGGAACAGAAACAACUGGUGUGUCUACUGUAGUUACAGAGAGAUCUGCACAAUCUCUUGCACAGUCAGCAACAACUGGAUCAUCUUCUCAAGUAUCAGAAACAACUAAGGUAUCAACAACGGCCACAGAGUCAACUGGCCCAUCAACUGGAGGCACAACGACAAAGGCAAUAUCAGUUGGAGAAACAACAAUAACCACAUCACCACCUAGAGAGGCAGUGACAUCUGGACAAACAGUUGGACCCACAGCAGCAAAUAGUCCAUCAGUUUCAGUGUCACAAACUAUGGUGUCAAAUGAUAAUUUGGCUGUGACAUCUAGCCAGACAACCAGUGUGACUGUAACUUCUAAGCAAUCACCUGAAGUGAGUAAGACAUCCACACAAUCACCUGGGAGCACAGAGCUAUCUACUGUAGUUUCAAAUCCAACUAGAAUAGCCUCUCACUCUACAACAACAACUGGAACAUCAUCAGCAGAAGGACAACAAACAAGUACAGAAACUGUUACUGGAACGGGAACAACUGGUGUGUCAACUACAAUUACAGAGAGACCUACACAAACUCUUACACAAUCACCAACAUCUGGAUCAUCAUAUCAAGCACCAGAAACAACUAAGGUUUCAGUCACCGGCAUAGAGUCAACUGCCCCAUCAACUGGACGCAUGAUGUCAAAGGCAACAUCAGUUGAAAAAACAACAACUGUGUCACCACCUAGAGAGGCAGUGACAUCUGGACAAACAGCUGGAUCCACAGCAGCAAAUAGCCCAUCAGUUUCAGUGUCAAGCAGUACGGUGAUUAAUGGUCCUGUGACUGUGACAUCUGGCCAGACAACCAGUGUGACUGUAACUUCUAAGCAAUCACCUGAAGUGAGUAAGACAUCCACACAAUCAGCUGGGAGCACAGAGCUAUCUACUGUAGUUUCAAAUCCAACCAGAAUAUCCUCUCAACCUACAACAACAACUGGAACAUCAUCAGCAGAAGGACAACAAACAAAUACAGAAACUGUUACUGGAACGGGAACAAAUGGUGUGUCAACUACAAUUACAGAGAGACCUACACAAACUCUUGCACAGUCACCAACAACUGGACCAUCAUCUCAAGCACCAGAAACAACUAAGGUAUCAACAACGGCCACAGAGUCAACUGGCCCAUCAACUGGAGGCACGACGACAAAGGCAAUAUCAGUUGGAGAAACAACAAUAACCACAUCACCACCUAGAGAGGCAGUGAAAUCUGGACAAACAGCUGGACCCACAGCAGCAAGUAGUCCAUCAGUUUCAGUGUCAGGCAGUACAGUGGCAAGUGGUCCUGUGACUGUGAUAUCUGGUCAGACAACCAGUGUGACUGUAACUUCUAGGCAAUCAACUGAAGUGAGGGAGACAUCCACACAAUCAGUUGGGAGCACUGUGCUAUCUACUGUAGUUUCAUAUCCAACUAGAAUAGCCUCUCUCCCUAAGACAACAACUGGACCUUCAUCAGCAGGACAACAAACAAGUACAGAAACUGUUACUGGAACAGAAACAACUGGUGUGUCUACUGUAGUUACAGAGAGAUCUGCACAAUCUCUUGCACAGUCAGCAACAACUGGAUCAUCUUCUCAAGAACCAGAAACAACUAAGGUAUCAACAACGGCCACAGAGUCAACUGGCCCAUCAACUGGAGGCACGACAACAAAGGCAAUAUCAGUUGGAGAAACAACAAUAACCACAUCAUCACCUAGAGAGGCAGUGACAUCUGGACAAACAGCUGGACCCACAGCAGCAAAUAGCCCAUCAGUUUCAGUGUCAAGCAGUACUGUGACAAACGUUCCUGUGACUGUGACAUCUGGCCAGACAACCAGUGUGACUGUAACUUCUAAGGAAUCACCUGAAGUGAGUAAGACAUCCACACAAUCAGCUGGGAGCACAGUGCUAUCUACUGUAGUUUCAAAUCCAACUAGAAUAGCCUCUCACCCUACAACAACUGGACCUUCAUCAGAAGGACAACAAACAAGUACAGAAACUGUUACUGGAACAGAAACAACUGGUGUGUCUACUGUAGUUACAGAGAGAUCUGCACAAUCUCUUGCACAGUCAGCAACAACUGAAUCAUCUUCUCAUGUACCAGAAACAACUAAGGUAUCAACAACGGCCACAGAGUCAACUGGCCCAUCAACUGGAGGCACAACAACAAAGGCAAUAUCAGUUGGAGAAACAACAAUAACCACAUCACCACCUAGAGAGGCAGUGACAUCUGGACAAACAGCUGGACCCACAGCAGCAAAUAGCCCAUCAGUUUCAGUGUCAAGCAGUACGGUGACUAACGGUCCUGUGACUGUGACAUCUGGCCAGACAACCAGUGUGACUGUAACUUCUAAGCAAUCACCUGAAGUGAGUAAGACAUCCACACAAUCAGCUGGGAGCACAGUGUUAUCUACUGUAGUUUCAAAUCCAACUAGAAUAGCCUCUCACCCUACAACAACAACUGGACCUUCAUCAGCAGGACAACAAACAAGUACAGAAACUGUUACUGGAACAGAAAAAACUGGUCUGUCUACUGUAGUUACAGAGAGAUCUGCACAAUCUCUUGCACAGUCAGCAACAACUGGAUCAUCAUCUCAAGUACCAGAAACAACUAAGGUAUCAACAAUGGCCACAGAGUCAACUGGCCCAUCAACUGGAGGCACGACGACAAAGGCAAUAUCAGUUGGAGAAACAACAAUAACCACAUCACCACCUAGAGAGGCAGUGACAUCUGGACAAACAGCUGGACCCACAGCAGCAAAUAGCCCAUCAGUUUCAGUGUCAAGCAGUACUGUGACAAACGUUCCUGUGACUGUGACAUCUGGCCAGACAACCAGUGUGACUGUAACUUCUAAGGAAUCACCUGAAGUGAGUAAGACAUCCACACAAUCAGCUGGGAGCACAGUGCUAUCUACUGUAGUUUCAAAUCCAACUAGAAUAGCCUCUCACCCUACAACAACAACUGGACCUUCAUCAGCAGGACAACAAACAAGUACAGAAACUGUUACUGGAACAGAAACAACUGGUGUGUCUACUGUAGUUACAAAGAGAUCUGCACAAUCUCUUGCACAGUCAGCAACAACUGAAUCAUCUUCUCAAGUACCAGAAACAACUAAGGUAUCAACAACGGCCACAGAGUCAACUGGCCCAUCAACUGGAGGUACGACGACAAAGGCAAUAUCAGUUGGAGAAACAACAAUAACCACAUCACCACCUAGAGAGGCAGUGACAUCUGGACAAACAGCUGGACCCACAGCAGCAAAUAGCCCAUCAGUUUCAGUGUCAAGCAGUACUGUGACAAACGUUCCUGUGACUGUGACAUCUGGCCAGACAACCAGUGUGACUGUAACUUCUAAGGAAUCACCUGAAGUGAGUAAGACAUCCACACAAUCAGCUGGGAGCACAGUGUUAUCUACUGUAGUUUCAAAUCCAACUAGAAUAGCCUCUCACCCUACAACAACAACUGGACCUUCAUCAGCAGGACAACAAACAAGUACAGAAACUGUUACUGGAACAGAAACAACUGGUGUGUCUACUGUAGUUACAGAGAGAUCUGCACAAUCUCUUGCACAGUCAGCAACAACUGGAUCAUCUUCUCAUGUACCAGAAACAACUAAGGUAUCAACAACGGCCACAGAGUCAACUGGCCCAUCAACUGGAGGCACGACGACAAAGGCAAUAUCAGUUGGAGAAACAACAAUAACCACAUCACCACCUAGAGAGGUAGUGAUAUCUGGACAAACAGCUGGACCCACAGCAGCAAAUAGCCCAUCAGUUUCAGUGUCAAGCAGUACUGUGACAAACGUUCCUGUGACUGUGACAUCUGGCCAGACAACCAGUGUGACUGUAACUUCUAAGCAAUCACCUGAAGUGAGUAAGACAUCCACACAAUCAGCUGGGAGCACAGUGCUAUCUACUGUAGUUUCAAAUCCAACUAGAAUAGCCUCUCACCCUACAACAACAACUGGACCUUCAUCAGCAGGACAACAAACAAGUUCAGAGACUGUUACUGGAACAGGAACAACUGGUGUGUCAACUACAAUUACAGAGAGACCUACACAAUCUCUUGCACAAUCACCAACAUCUGGAUCAUCAUCUCAAGCACCAGAAACAACUAAGGUAUCAGUCCCUGGCACAGAGUUGACUGCCCCAUCAACUGGAGGCACCAUGUCAACCGCAAGAUCAGUUGUAGAAACAACAACUACAUCACCAUCUAGAGAGGCAGUGACAUCUGGACAAACAACUGGCCCCACAGCAGCAACUAGUCCAUCAGUUUCAGUGUCAGACAACACAGUAUCAAAUGAUAAAUUGGCUGUUACAUCUGUCCAGACAACCAGUGUGACUGCAACUUCUAAGCAAUCACCUGAAUUAAGUAAGACAUCCACACAAUCAGUUGGGAGCACAGUGCUAUCUACUGUCGUUUCAAAUCCAACUAGAAUAGCCUCUCACUCUACAACAACAACUGGACCUUCAUCAGCAGAAGGACAACAUACAAGUACAGAAACUGUUACUGGAACAGGAACAACUGGUGUGUCUACUGUAGUUACAGAGAGAUCUGCACAAUCUCUUGCACAGUCAGCAACAACUGGACCAUCAUCUCAAGCACCAGAAACAACUACGGUAUCAGCAACAGCCACAGAGUCAACUGGCCCAUCAACUGGAGGCACGACGACAAAGGCAAUAUCAGUUGGAGAAACAACAAUAACCACAUCACUACCUAGAGAGGCAGUGACAUCUGGACAAACAGCUGGACCCACGGUAGCAAAUAGUCCAUCAAUUUCAGUGUCACAAACUAUGGUGUCAAAUGAUAAAUUGCCUGUGACAUCUGACCAGACAACCAGUGUGACUGUAACUUCUAAGCAAUCACCUGAAGUGAGUAAGACAUCCACACAAUCAGCUGGGAGCACAGAGCUAUCUACUGUAGUUUCAAAUCCAACCAGAAUAGCCUCUCACCCCACAACAACAACUGGAACAUCAUCAGCAGAAGGACAACAAACAAGUACAGAAACUGUUACUGGAACAGGAACAACUGGUGUGUCAACUACAAUUACAGAGAGACCUACACAAACUCUUGCACAGUCACCAACAUCUGGGACAUCAUCUCAAGCACCAGAAACAACUAAGGUAUCAACAACGGCCACAGAGUCAACUGGCCCAUCAACUGGAGGCACGACGACAAAGGCAAUAUCAGUUGGAGAAACAACAAUAACCACAUCAUCACCUAGAGAGGCAGUGACAUCUGGACAAACAGCUGGACCCACAGCAGCAAAUAGCCCAUCAGUUUCAGUGUCAAGCAGUACUGUGACAAACGUUCCUGUGACUGUGACAUCUGGCCAGACAACCAGUGUGACUGUAACUUCUAAGGAAUCACCUGAAGUGAGUAAGACAUCCACACAAUCAGCUGGGAGCACAGUGCUAUCUACUGUAGUUUCAAAUCCAACUAGAAUAGCCUCUCACUCUACAACAACAAUUGGAACAUCAUCAGCAGAAGGACAACAAACAAGUACAGAAACUCUUACUGGAACAGGAACAACUGGUGUGUCAACUACAAUAACAGAGAGAUCUGUACAAUCUCUUGCACAAUCACCAACAUCUGGAUCAUCAUCUCAAGCACCAGAAACCACUAAGGUAUCAGUCACUGGCACAGAGUUGACUGCCCCAUCAACUGGAGGCACCAUGUCAAAGGCAACAUCAGUUCCAGAAACAACAACUACAUCACCACCUAGAGAGGCAGUGACAUCUGGACAAACAGCUGGGCCCACAGCAGCAACUAGUCCAUCAGUUUCAGUGUCAGACAGCACAGUGUCAAAUGGUAAAUUGGCUGUGACAUCUGGCCAGACAACCAGUGUGACUGUAACUUCUAGGCAAUCAACUGAAGUGAGUAAGACAUCCACACAACCAGCUGGGAGCACAGUGCUAUCUACUGUAGUUUCAAAUCCAACUAGAAUAGCCUCUCACUCUACAACAACAACUGGACCUUCAUCAGCACAAGGACUACAUACAAGUACAGAAACUGUUACUGGAACAGGAAUAACUGGUGUGUCUACUAUAGUUACAGAGAGAUCUGCACAAUCUCUUGCACAAUCAGCAACACCUGGACCAUCAUCUCAAGCACCAGAAACUACUAAGGUAUCAAUCACUGGCACAGAGUCAACUGCCCCAACUACUGGAAGCACCAUGACAAAGGCAACAUCAGUUGAAGAAACAACAAGUCUGUCACCACCUAGAGAGGCAGUGACAUCUGGACAAACAGUUGGGCCCACAGCAGCAAGUAAUCCAUCAGUUUCAGUGUCACAAAGUAUGGUGACAAAUGAUAAAUUGGCUGUGACAUCUGGCCAGACAACUAGUGUGACUGUAACUUCUAGGCAAUCACCUGAAGUGAGUAAAACAUCCACACAAUCAGCUGGGAGCACAGUGCUAUCUACUGUAGUUUCAAAUUCAACUAGAAUAGCCUCUCACCCCACAACAACAACUGGAACAUCAUCAGCAGAAGGACAACAAACAAGUACAGAAACUCUUACUGGAACAGGAACAACUGGUUUGCCUACUGUAGUUACAGUGAGAUCUGCACAAUCUCUCGCACAAUCAGUAACAACUGGACCAUCAUCUAGUACACUGGAAACAACUAAAGUAUCAGUUACCGACUCACAUGAAGCUGGCUUGUCAACUGCAGUCACCUUGAGAAAUACAUCAUCAGUUGCAGAAUCAGCAACAACACUAUCCUCAGCUAAAGUACUCUUAACUACUAGGGUAACAGUCACUGGUUCAGUGACCACUGGUGCGUCCACUGCAGUUACAGACACAACUCUGUCUUCCAUUGGAACAUCAUCUUCAACUGCAUUACCACGUGGCAUUUCACUUUCUUCUGGACAAACACCUGCAACUACUAGUGUGCCUAGACCUUCAUCUUCAGUAUCACAAUCUAUAAGCACAUUUAGUGUUUGGACUUCAACAUUAGAACCAUCACCCCGAGUGACUGUAACAUUUGAGCCCUCACCUGGAAACACAUGGACAUCCAGUUUAUCCACUGAUGUUCCUGGAAGAACUGUCCAAGUUGAUGAAGGAACCACAAGCCGAAGGAAUAGUACUAGUGGACCAGGAGCUGAGCCUACGACAAAUGAAGUGCCAUCAAAACAGCCUGAAGUAACAGUCACCACGGGUCUCAUCCCUUCCACAACUGUUGCUCCACACAGUUCCAACACAGAGGCCACGACUUCCCUACGAGUAAACGAAACAGUAAAAAGUGAAGCAGUCACAGGUACCACUGUUGCAGUCUCUGGGGAAACUAAAGAACCAGUGAGAUCUCAUACAGAGGUCACAACUUCCACAGGAGGCAGUGAAACUACCCGUGCAGAAGUUCGAGCAGAGGCUACAACUCCAACAGAGAAUAAGGAGACCCAGGGAACCAGAGCCACAGCAGGUACCACCCAUGCAGCUUCAAGUGUGACCGAGGCAUCUGGAAGUUCCAGCAGCGAAACCACAGCUUCCACGGGAGUCAGUGGAGCCAUGGUCACAGGAAACAAUGCAGAAACCACUACAUCAGCUGGAGGAAAUACGGGCUCAGAGAGUUCUACUUCAGGAGUCCCCACAGAAGCACCAGGCAGUCAAAGCACAGGAGGAAAAACAGACUCCACUUCAACAGCAGCUGUAGUCACCACCAGUGCCCACGUAUCCCAGCCAGAAACCACUACAACAGAGGGUCAAGACACUGAAAAGGAAACAGUGUGUCCAGGCACGCUUCCACCAGCCCCAGUGUGUCAUGGUCCACUGGGAGAAGAGAAAUCUCCUGGAGACACAUGGAUAUCUAACUGCCACCAGUGUACCUGUACUGACGCACAGGCUGUGGACUGCAAACCUAAAGAGUGUCCUUCUCCGCCCACCUGCCAAACUGGAGAGAAGCUUAUGAUAUUCAAAUCGAAUGACUCCUGCUGUGACAUCGGCCACUGUGAACCAAGAACCUGUUUAUUUAACAAUACGGAUUAUGAGAUUGGUGCAUCCUUUGAUGAUCCUAGCAACCCAUGUGUCUCCUACACCUGCAACAGCACUGGCUUGGUAGCCGUGGUUCAGGACUGCCCAAAGCAAACGUGGUGUGCAGAAGGAGAGAGAACCUACGAUUCAAAGAAAUGUUGCUAUACAUGUAAGAGUGACUGUAGAACUGCUCCUGUGAAUGUGACUGUUAGGUAUAACGGCUGUAGGAAGAAAGUUGAGAUGGCAAGAUGUAUAGGAGAAUGCAAAAGGACUCUCAAGUACAAUUAUGAGACCUUCCAAUUGGAGAAUUCGUGUGUUUGCUGCCGUGAAGAAAACUAUGAAUACAGGGACAUUACACUCGAUUGCUCUGAUGGCAGCACCAUCCCAUACAGAUACAGGCACACUACAACCUGCUCUUGUCUGAACCAGUGUGAACAGUCUACAGCCAGUUAAUACCUACCCACAUUGCCUUCCCAGUUGCACCUAUUUUAGAAAAGAAGAAAAAUAAAUUAAAUAGUGAGAAUG